AUGAACUACACCUUCCGGCAACAACAAUUGCGGGUCUUCGCACCUUACCACAGGGCCUUUCAAUGUCCAGAUGCGAAAUGGAAGGACUCGCUUUUAUAUGGGCCACUGCACGAGCUUCGACAUGGCUUUUGCUCCGAGCAAAACACUCACAGCUACAAACCUGUCCCUACCGCUGCUGUGGGCUGCACAUCCAUCCGGUCCUCGUAUACUCAUCUCACACGCUUUUUUAUCGAUCCCGUGAUGGACUUUGGGCGUGCGUUCAACUUUUGUUUCUUUGCCGUGUUUAUUGCACUCACUUCUGCGGCGAAGAAGAACAAUGGUGGGUUUGAUCACCGUGCACAUGCUGUCCCUGGGGGUCCAUACCAGGGAGCAGCCGGCGGCGAUGGAAAGGCAGUCAUUAGGUUGAAUGGGGAGCUCUCGCAUUCGCACUACUUUAAUGCAUUUACGGGAGCGACUGGCAGAAUUGUCAACUACCGCUGGACUGCCGGCGGCAAGAAAAUUUGCGGAAGCAGAAGUUGCUCUGUGAAGUUUUCACUAGGCAAGACGACGAUAAAACUGCGUGUCAUUGACAAUUCCGGGGAUUCGGCGAUCGCAACGACGUUUGUAUACGUUGUCAAGGGAUCAAAGCCUGGUGUCCGGGUUUGGUACUAUCCGGGAAAUGGAUGGGCUCCCAAUAGGCCGACAGCAGGUGUCAAAGCCAGUCAGUCUACGACGAAGAGCAUAAUCAAUCUUGCCUCUAAGGCGAGCUUUCCGGCUUUUCUCGUCCCGCAGAGGUUUUCUAUGCGUUUGCUUGGAAACGUAAACUUUUUUAAGCGGGGCAAUUAUCGGUUCCGCAUUGGAUGCGGUGGCGCGGCUUGUUCGCUCUGGGUUGGGAAUAAAAUGAUUCUGACGGGCAGCAACAGGGCCAUUGAUUCCCGACCGAUAAUGUUCUCUAAGGGUGUCCGCAGUUUUGCGCUUGUAUUUAGGAGGCAAAAUCCGAAGGGUCCGAAGCCGAAAUUGACGCUAUCGUGGAGAAUUCCAGGAAGUGGGGGGUGGAAUCUGAUUCCAGCUAAACAUCUUUCCCACUCACCGUCAUCCUAUGCACCUGUUGUGAAUCGGAUUUCUCCGAAGAACCCGUCUGUGGGUAAUGUGAUCACUAUUCACGGGACGAGUCUGCUGAAUGUGAAGUCUGUGAAGAUUGGAUCGCAGUUUUGCGCAGGGCCAGUUUCCAAGAGUCAAUUUGUGUUGAGGUGUGUGAUGCCAGGAGUCAGCGGCAAGCAAAAGCUGCGUGUUACGACGAAAUCUGGAAAAUCCAACGCGAUCCGUUUUAAUGUGGGACGGGGCAAUUUCGCGAGUGGGAAGGGUGGCGUUGAAGGUGGUGGAAAAGGACCGAUGGGAUACUAUCAACCGAUUAGCUUUUCGUCCACGUUUUUGCAGCGGAAAGGAAAGGCGUUUAGGGCCUCGCAGCUGACGGCGAUUGCCCUGGGUCCCGAUGGAAAGUACUACAUUGGGAGUCUGAACGGAGUGGUGCACGUGUUGACGACCAACUUUGGAAACGUGAUCACGAAUUACUGCAAGUCUUCGAGAGUGGGCAAGAUGCGCAGUAUUCUCGGGGUGGCAUUCAACCCCGCUGAUACGAAGAGGGUGCGCUUGUAUGCGUCGACGAGCAUCCUGUACUGGGGGGUGAAGAAGGUAUUGCCGCUUACGAAGGGAUGGCACAAUGGGCAAAUCGUUGCAAUGCAGAAGACGAAAAAGUCGUGCCUUGCGCGCGUAGCUACAGUGAUUUCCGGGUUGCCGGUGUCCAAUCAUGACCACUCUGUGAAUGGAGUGACGUUUGACCACUAUGGAAACCUGCUGGUGACAGUCGGGGGAGGGACGAACGCGGGGGUCGGGGGAGACGUGUGGGUGUACGGGGCCGGACUGCGAAACUCGUUUUGCUCAGUGGCGCAUUCGAACGGGCACAUCUACGCGACAGAUAACGGAGCGAACGCAAAGUUUGGUGCGCGGAGCACGAGCUGCAAGGGGAGCGGGCCGGUUAGUACCGAGCCGGACACGCUGAAGAAGGUGCGGCGCGGUGGGUUUCACGGGUACGCCAACCGGAACCGUGGGCGGUUUGACCGGCGGCAGUGCGUGCACCGACCACCGCAGAAGAAGAUGCGUGGGUACGACCGGCACAUUGCGACGUUGCAGUCGAGCACGGACGGGCUGAUCGAGUACACUGCGAACACGUUUGGGGCGCAGAUGCGGGGGGACUUGCUCGCGACCAAGUUUGCGGUGUCUGGGGCCGGGCAGGUGUUCCGCGUGCGGCUGAACCGGCGGGGGACGGUGCGGUCGGUGUUCGAGCUGACCAAGCACUCGGGGCUGACGGCGGCGAUGUCGCCCACGGGCGGGAUGGUGAUGCCUCGGGUGUAUCAGGGCAAGGUGGCGGUGCUGCUGCCCAACGAAAAGAACCCCGGGCGGCUGGUGGUGACGAGCGUGAACCCGUUCCGCGGGCCGAAGCGCGGCGGUAACGUGAUCACGGUGACCGGGUGGAAUCUGCGGGCGCCGCUGAAGGCGACGGUGGGCGGGAAGCCGUGCCGCGGGGUCGGCAACUUUAAAAAGGGACGCAGCUUCACGUGCGUGGCGCCGCCGGGAAAGGGGCGCGCGGCGGUGGUCGUCAAGCGGUUU